AUGAAUGAAACCAAAAGCACUGCGUCUCAAUCUUCAAAAAAAAGCUGAGCCAGUUCUUCGAUAGCUCGAAGUGUCUUGAAAAGGGCCAUAACCAGAACUUUUCUUGCUCAAAAUUUAACUAAAAUCCCACAAAAAAACUCUUAUUUUCCGGAUACUCAUAAAACUAAAGAAUGACGUCUAAGUUUUGGAGUUUUGAAGCCUGACAGCUUAUGAAAACUGGGUUGAGAUAUUUUAGGCGUUUUUCAAAUUCUUUACUUAGCGUUUACCUUGCCUUUCGCGUUAAGUUAUGGAAAUGUAAGUAACUUUAGCUUGAUUAUCAAGUUUAUUGAAGUUUUUUGUUAUUUAGAUAUUUUGAUCAAUUUUAACACAGGCUACUAUACAGGGAGCAUUUUGAUAAAGGAUCAUAAGCUUAUAUGCAAGCGUUACUUGAAAUCCUGAUUUUUUUGAGAUCUAGUAUCUUCUAUUCCACUUGAAGAUAUGCUGCCUUAUAUGGAAUUAUCAGCUGUUGAAGAAGACCCAAGCAAUCCUUUUGAAUUUGACUCUUUAUAUUUAAUAAAAACCCUUUGAUUAUUACGGCUUUUAAGGUUUUCUAAAGUGCAAAGUAUUAUAUAUACAUUUUUCUUUGAAUUUAUACUAAAAUAAUAUAAAUUUUCUAAUAGGCUACUUAAAAAAAAGUAUUAUACAAUAUGAUGAACCAAUUCCCCAGCCCAACUCUUAUGGUCCUAAUAAGGGUCCUAUCAUUCUUAGGUCUUGCCUUUUAUGCUGUACAUUGGAUGUCAUGCAUUGUUUUUUCUGCCCACCGUCUAUCAUAUCAGACACUCCCAGAAGCCUGAAGUAAUUUCAAUAUUCCUCGGUUUGACAAAUAUAUAUAUUACUUCUUCUAUGUCUUUGAAACCAUGGCUACAGUCGGAUAUUUAUCAAUCGCCACAGAUCCCAGAGAAAAAAUAUUGGUGCUAUUAGUCAUGUAUACGUCUGGACUUAUUUAUGGGUAUUUAAUUGAAGGAGUUAAAGAAGCCAUCGCAAAAUCAGGAGAAAGAUCAGCUUACUAUAGAAAUAUAUUCCAAAAAUAAUUCCUGAGUUUUCUCAUAUUUUUUAUAGUAAUUAGUUUGUUAGUUACUAAAAAUGGUAUAGCUCUUCAGAUAAAAUACUAUAUGAACAGUCAUAAAUUGCCAUCUGCGCUAAAAGCCAAGGUUUUCCGCUAUAUAGAAAACCUUGAAAGAAUUGCUGAUGAAAAUAUCUUGGACGAAACAGAAGUUUUACAGUCUUUUUCUUUAACAAUAAAAGAAGAAAUUUUAUUAAGGACAAGAGGGUUGUAUUUAAUUAAUAGUGCUCCAUUUAGGAACUAUAGCCAGUAUUUCUUAAGGUAUUUGGUUCAUUUUUUAGAUGUAGAGGUGUUUGGGCCUCAUGAUAGAAUUGUAAAAGAAGACCAGCUGGAAAGGAGCAUGUAUUGGAUUUUUAAUGGGUCGGUAGAAAUUUAUGACCAAAAAACUUUGACCACUUUUAGAGAACUUUUUAAAGGAAAGUAUUUCGGAGAAAUUGGCUUUUUUCUAGGCCAAAAAAGAUGUGCUUCUGUAAGCUCUACAGGCUAUACUGAGCUUUUUGAGCUGAAACAUUCAAAAUUCAAUAAUCUUAUUAAAGUAAGACAUAAUGAAGAAGAGGUCACAAAGCUAUUAGUAAGGCAAUGUGAACAAGAUUUAAGUGCGCUCGGUGUUAGGUGUUAUUUUUGUUCAGAAAUGGGGCAUACAGCUAGAGACUGCAAACGAUAUGUUUAUAUUGUGGACUAUAAUUCUAUUAUAAGAAAAUCUGACUAUAGAAAAUACAAAAUUUCAAAAACUGUUAAAAAAAAUGAAAAAAAUGACUCGAAUAAAUCGUUUAAAAAGAAAGUGGCGGGGAUUGAACAAUUUAGAAGGUAUGGGAUUAAAAACCUCCCUGGCAGGCCAGAAAACUUUGGGUCUUUUAAAAAUAGGGCUACUUUGAUGCAGAAAGCAAGGUCUUAUCAGACUGAUUCUUCAAGAUUGACAUUUGAUUCAAGAUUAGCGCUAAUAGAAGAAGCCAAGCUACUAGGAGACGAUUUUGAUAAGUCGCCUGAUGUGAUGCCAGCUUCUUAUCAAUUUAGCAAAAAUUUUGUAAAUGUCCAUUCAAUGAAAACAGAAAAAAUUCAUCCAAGCUCAAGCUGAGAAGACUCUUUUUCUUAUCCUUUAGAAGUACCGAAUUUUGAAAAACAUGGUUUGUUGCUAUAA